AUGUCUGUAAAUAUCGCCAUCAUCGGCUCUGGUGUCGUUGGAUCUGCCUUCAUCAAGCAAUUGAAGAACAUCAAGUUCCCUAUCAACUUGAAUGUUGUGUAUUUGGCCAAGAACUCGCAAGAGGCCCUCUACUCCAGCGACUACCAACCAGUCGACUUGGCUACCUAUGAAACCGCCCCAACAAAGGCAACCUUGAGCUUGCCAGAGUUGGCCAAGUUCUUGAAGUCUGGUGCAUACCCUCCAAUUUUGGUAGACAACACCUCCAGUCCUCAGUUGGCUGCAUACUACCCUGAGUUCAUCAAGCAAGGAGUCUCCAUUGCCACUCCAAACAAGAAGGCUUUCUCUUCUGACUUGAAGACCUGGGAAGAGAUCUUCUCGAACUCCAGCGCCCCAGGUGGUGGAUUGGUUUACCACGAAGCCACAGUUGGUGCUGCUUUGCCAAUCAUUGGCCCAUUGAACGACUUGGUCCUCACCGGUGACAAGAUCAAGAAGAUCGAGGGUAUCUUGUCGGGCUCUUUGUCUUACAUCUUCAACUCUCUUUCCACUAGCGAACCAUCCACCACCAAGUUUUCUGAUGUUGUCAACGUCGCAAAGGAACUGGGCUUCCUCGAGCCAGAUCCAAGAGAUGACUUGAACGGUAUGGAUUUCGCAAGAAAGGUCACCAUUUUGGCCAGAAUUGCCGGUUUCCAAGUCGAGUCUCCAUCUUCCUUCCCAGUUGACUCUUUGGUUCCAAAGGAGUUGGAGGCCUGUGCUACAGGUGCCGAGUUCUUGGAGAAAUUGCCUCAGUACGACGCUGACUUCCAAAAGCGUAAGGAUGAGGCUCUCGCUGAGGGCAAGGUUUUGAGAUACGUCGGUCAAGUUGACAUGGACAACAAGACCCUCUCUGUUGGUAUUGCCAAGUACAGCUUUGACCACCCAUUCAGCUCUUUGAAGGGUUCUGACAAUGUCAUUUCUAUCACCACCGAAAGAUACACCAAUCCAUUGAUCAUCCAAGGUGCUGGUGCCGGUGCCGACAUCACCGCCCACGGUGUUUUGGCCGAUGCCCUCAAGAUCGCUCAAAGAAUUGCUAAAUAA